AGAAUUUUUAGUUUCAAUCAAAAUUGUUUUAAAGAAAAUGGCUCAACACAAAAUGGAAAGCUUGCUCUUGCUUGGCAGUAAUAACAAUAAUGUUAUUUUCGAAGAAGAAUGGGCAAAAUCUCUGCCUGUGGUUAGAAAUUUGCUUUGCAGACAGAACGUUUCCAAAUUUGAAUGGCAGGAUUUGUUCAGCACAAACAACAGAAUCACUUCUUGGGUUGACUCUGGCAAUGAAAAAUUACUUUCAGUAUUAAAAGAGGAAUUGACCAAACAUGUUGGUGAAGCUGCUAAUAAAAUUCUCCUUCAUUCUGAUGUCGAUUCUCUGCUCAAAGCUUAUAUCCAAGAAUGGGAAGGUUAUUCAAUCUUAUGCCGCUACUUGCCUCUUCCAUUCUGUUUUGUUGAAAAAAGGGAAAAGGAAUCAAAAAGUGGGAGGAAUAAGCAAGGUUUUCAAGUUAGAGAGUUGAUGCUUGACCGAUGGAAUAAAUACGUGUUCUCCAAAAUUUCAACUCGAUUGUUGAAUGCAGCAAUGAGUUUAAUCGAUCGUGAACGUAAUGGAGAACUAGUCAAUUCACAACAUAUAAUUGGUGUUCAAGAAUCCUUUGUUGAUUUAAGCAUUGUUGGAAACCUCAAUUAUGCAGAACAAUUUGAAGAGCAAUACAUUACGUUUACCGAACAAUUCUAUUCUUCACGGACUUCACAAAUAUUGGCAGAAAAUGGAGUUUUGGCUUAUAUGGCCUAUGUUGAUGAAAAAUUGGUUGAAGAAGAGGAAAGGGCCAAAAAAUAUUUGGAUGGGGAAACCGAUGGAAAAUCAAAGGGAAAGUUGAUGGACAAAUGUGUUCAAGUAUUAAUUAUCAAUUAUCAAGACCAAAUAUUAGCAGAAGCUCCAGGACUCAUUAAAAGUGGACAAAUUGAUCGAUUACAAAUUCUUUAUCGUCUAAUAAAUCGAACUUUGGAUGGAAUUCCAACAUUACUGGAUGCUUUACGUUCACAUAUUUGUGAAGAAGGAUUAGCUGCGAUGAAAGCACAUGCGGCUGAAAUAUGCACAGAUAGUGAAAGAUAUGUCCAUCAAUUAUUAGAACAAUACACUCGAUUCUCAACAUUAAUGCGUGAUGCAUUUGCCAAUGAUGCCCGUUUCCUCACCAUUCGAGACCAAGCAUUUAGAGAAGUUGUAAAUAAUACCGAUGUUUUUCGACUUGAAUUGGGAGGGAAUGGAGGUGGAAAAAGAAGUGGGAAACCCCAAAAUACUGAAUCUAAAUGCCCAGAAUUAUUAGCAAAUUAUUGUGAUUUAUUACUAAGAAAAUCAGCUUUAACAAAGCGUUAUACUUGUGAUGAAAUUGAUGAAAGGCUUAAUAAUGUGUUGCUAGUCCUCAAAUAUGUCCAAGCAAAAGACGUUUUUAUGCGUUAUCAUAAAACCCAUUUAAGUAGAAGAUUAAUUUUAGAAUUGGUUGCGGAUCAAGAAAAGGAAGAAAUGCUGGUUAAUAAAUUUAGGGAAGUUGGAAUGCCCGUCGAUUUUGUAAAUAAAUUAUUUCGAAUGCUGCAGGAUAUUGAAGUUAAUAAAGAUUUAAAUGCUGCAUUUAAACAGUCUGUUUCACUUAAUGAAAAUUGUUCGGAGAUGGCAGACUGUGUAAACAUAAAAAUCCUCAAUGCUGGUGCCUGGUCUCGUAAUAGAGAAACUAUUCAUUUAACAUUGCCUCGAGAAUUGGAAGAUUUAUUGCCUGAAGUAGAUGAAUUUUAUAAAAAACAGCAUUGUGGAAGGAAAUUAAAUUGGGCACAUCAUUGGUCUACUGGAACGUUAUUUUUUACAAAUGAAAUUGGAAAAUUUGAGUUGGAAGUAACUACUCAACAAAUGGCUGUCCUCUUUUGUUGGAAUGAUAGACCUAUGGAUAGGCUUACAUUUGAUUCUAUAAGAUUGGCUACAGAAUUGUCUGAAACUGAAUUAAUUAAAACACUUUUGUCACUAGUCGCUUUCCCAAAAACUCGUCAUCAAUUAAUUUUGUGUGAUGCUUCACAACCUAUCUUGCCAAAAAGUUUUGGAAAAACUACACAAUUUUGGGUUAAUCAACAAUUUUGUUUAAUAAAGAAUGAUAAACCACAAACUCGAGGAAAAUUAAAUUUAAUUGGGCGUCUUCAACUAAAUCAAGAACAGGGUGUUGAACAGGAACAUGAAGAAAUUUUGCAAUUGAGAAAGUUUAGAGUACAAGAAGCUAUUGUAAAAAUAAUGAAAACAAGAAAACGUUUUACUCAGGCCCAAUUGCAAACAGAACUUGUUGACGUUCUCAAAAAUAUGUUUUUGCCUUCACGUAAAUUAAUUAAAGAACAAAUUGAAUGGUUAAUUGAACAAAAAUUUUUGGGUCGUGACCCGGUGGAUAUGAACACUUUUGUUUAUAUUACGUGA